CAUGCACCCGUGAGCUCUUUUGAACGUCUGACAUCCAGGAAGCGAGCAAGAAUAAAACACCGUUGAGUCUGAACAGUCGUGGUUUUUGUUUUUAAGGGUGACUGCUGCUUGCUUCCUGAGAGGGUUCCUCCUUCCCUCCCUUCUUCUUUAAAUUUAGAGAGGGCUCCCUUCCCCUCCUUUCGUUCGACGAGUUACGCCCGGGGAAAUUUCCCUUCACCUCGGAGCCCAGCCCUUCCUCUCAGCCUCGUGCUUGUGAGAGGCCCAGCAGCGCCCACUUGGCCGCCCCGGAGCCACUUCCUUCGCCGGAGAGGAGCUCGCGGCAGCUGAGCAGAGGCGGGCUCGCCCCACGGCUUGCCUGCUUGCCUUGCCUGCGUGAGCCACCCGUGUAGUCCCUGAGCGCGCUUCCUUGACCCCUCUCGCCUCGCCUGGACGCCGGGCAGGCCAAGGCCAGCAGCCAAGAUGGAGGAAACAUGUGAAGAUAUAGAUCAGAUGUUCAGCGAUUUAUUGGGGGAAAUGGAUUUGCUGACACAGAGUUUGGGAGUAGAAACACUCCCACCUCCACCCAGCAAAGCAGCCAAUGAGGAAUUUAGUUUUGCAGUGGGUUUUAAAGAUUUAAAUGAAUCCUUAAACGCAUUGGAAGAUACCGAUUUGGAUGCUUUAAUGUCUGAUCUUGUAGCAGACAUAAGUGAAGUGGAGAAAGCCACAUUCCAAGAACAGAAAGACGCCUCUCAUUUCCAACGUGCUGCCAAGACUCAGGCUCCAGCAAAUGCUUCUGUCACCACUUAUGCCCAGUCAAGUUUCCCAAAUAUUGCCGUUACCCAGGUUGAGGAUGAUUUGCCGCCACCUCCUCCAGAACUAGCCUUUGGUUUUCCUCCUCCUCCUCCACCUGCUCCAACCCAACCUCCUGAACCAUGCACUCAGGAAGAACAAGAGGCGCAAGCAAAAGCUGACAAGAUUAAGCUUGCAUUAGAAAAACUGAAGGAAGCCAAAGUUAAAAAGCUUGUUGUCAAGGUGCACAUGAAUGAUAACAGUACGAAAUCCCUGAUGGUGGAUGAACGGCAAGAGGCACGUGAUGUAUUGGACAAUCUCUUUGAAAAAACCCACUGCGACUGUAAUGUGGACUGGUGCCUUUAUGAAAUAUACCCAGAGCUACAAAUAGAAAGAUUUUUUGAAGACCAUGAAAAUGUGAUUGAAGUCUUAUCACAUUGGACCCGGGACACUGAGAAUAAGAUUCUGUUUUUAGAAAAAAAGGGAAAAUACGCUGUGUUUAAAAACCCACAGAAUUUCUACUUGACCAAUAAAGGGAAAAAUGAAAGCAAGGAAAUGAAUGAAAAAAGCAAAGAGGCUUUACUGGAGGAAAGCUUCUGUGGCACAUCUGUCACUGUACCAGAAGUUGAAGGGGCCCUUUAUUUAAAAGAAGACGGGAAGAAGUCCUGGAAGAGACGUUAUUUUCUCCUGCGAGCUUCUGGAAUUUAUUACGUACCCAAAGGAAAGACCAAGACAUCUCGGGAUUUGGCUUGCUUCAUACAGUUUGAGAACGUAAAUGUUUAUUACGGUGUUCAGUACAAAGCAAAGUAUAAGGCACCUACAGACCACUGUUUUGUCUUAAAGCAUCCCCAGAUACAGAAGGAGUCUCAGUAUAUCAGAUAUUUGUGCUGUGAUGACUGGCAGUCUCUACAUCAGUGGGUAACUGGCAUAAGAAUUGCAAAGUAUGGAAAGACGUUGUAUGAUAACUACACCCGCGCAGUGCAGAAGGCUGGCUUAGCUUCUCGACUGACCAAGCUAGGGAAUGUUCAAUCCUCCACUGCUGCAAUAUCAUCUUCAAAAGGUAGUACUCAUGCUAAUGGACAGGUCCCCCAAAGCACGACCCUCGCUGCUGCAAAUUCUUCAGAACCUGAGAAGCCUGCUGAGAUGCCAAAGGUUACGAAACCACACAGCACCACUGACACCAGGCGAGCGCCACCAUCUCCCAUGCCACAACCGAAACACCUCCGUAAGCCUGGUGGGCUACACCCACCACCCCCUCCUCAAAGACGAUCUUCUGCUUUUACUGGUUCGUUGAACCUGCCCCAAAAUAUGGAGAGAAGAAACACAAUUGCCACAUCAGAUCCAGAUGAAUUUCCACCACCCCCUGAAUCAAUACUGCUUCCCACUGGGCUGGAGGACUUGCCGCCGCCACCGCCUGAAUACUAUGAAGAUCCUCCUGAUUUCAUUCCAGCCCCACCACCAGCCUUUGCUGUGGGCGCUGGCACUCCAGAACUGCCGCCGCCACCUCCUGCAGUCUCUGCCCCCACGAUGCCUCCGCCUAUCAGAAAGAAACCUCCACCGCCUCCUAAAAGACAGGAACAAAGUACUGGGCAGGCAGGAGGGCCUAGGCAAAGUGGGCUUCCUCCAAGGGGAGAUGCAGGUGAACAAGGAGGAGACUUAAUGUCUGAUUUAAUGAAAGCACUGCAAAAGAAGAGGGGUGAGACAUCAUGAAACAAGCAGUUUAAAUGAAGAUUAGUGUGCGGUUUUAGUUGGAUCAGGGAGAGGGUGGCCCAGAUAAAUUGUCUACAGCUCUUCCUGGUGGUCCAAAGGAAUAUGUGCUAGAGAAAGGCAUCCCAACAUAUCCCGAAGCAAUGCAUUUCCCCCCUACAACUUGUUCCGAAAUGGUGGCUUCCCAUGUUCCUGGUUUGAGGCUGAAGAGCACAACUAGAAGCAUGGGAAGUGUCCCAAGGGAGAGGCAGAUUCCCAAGGAGAUUUGGAUCUAGCAAAAAAGAGGAAAGAACCUUAUAGCAAAUUAAAGGCUGACUAAUAUUAAUCAAUUGAAGGUUUAAUAGGCUAUUUAAUUGGAUUUUCCCUGGGCAUGUGUUCAUGUAGAUUGCACAAUCUGUUCUUACCCUGUAAAUGUAUGGCAAAUGUAUGGGCAGGCAUGACCUGAUUUGCAAAAAUAAGGAGACUGAAAACAGCACUACAACAGUUGCAGUGACAGCUGUCUCAACAAUUCCACCCACCAACCCCAUACUUUUUAAAGAGCUAGUACUAUUAGAUACAGCGAGAACCAACCAUUUGGGGUAACAGUGAACACUUCCACUUGAGGCUUUAUUAUUCACAGGUUGUCCUGACUAUAAUGUGCCACACCUGUUUCCUCAAUUGUUUUGAAGUGAGAAAUCCCAACUAAAAUGCUGCUUUCAGCUGUCGUAUCUGCAGGCUAUGUCUCUGGUUAUUUAUCCAAUAUAACGCAAGGCCAACGAUACGCAAGUUUCAGUUCUUCUUCCCACAGCAACCAAGUUAGCAAUUGUCUUUUAAGUGAUGGCUAAAAAUAUUUGUCUCCUAAAGACUUUAUGAUGAUCGGAAUACGUUAAGGCAUUUAUGACUUCUUACGCCUCUUUCAUCAUUUAUGAUUCACCUUAAUCUUCCAAGUGUUCAUUUUGACAGAGCUUGUUUUGACUGCCAGCUCCUGAAUAAAAUCCUCUUUAAUGCCUCAUAAAAGUGUCAAAGUUAAUGAACAAGCAACACAGUUCAUUUUGACGCAUGUAGCACACGCAUACGCAAAACAUUCUUUGGAAUGGCAAGUGCUUUCCUUCUCUAAACAUUCAGUUCAGGAGCACAACAGUUAAGCCUAAAAUUGGGAAACAGAAACGGACAGCAUGGAGACUAAAUCCUACCCUUGGAGAGUUGUCAGCGGCCAAUCCUCAAAUGGCUUACCAGCAGAACUAGCUUGCAAACCAAAUAUUUCAAUGCAGUUGCAGAGACACUAGGAAGAACCUUGGCUAUAAAUGGUACUUAGAUCAAAAGCUGUCCUUGAAAUGAGGAAAGUGGUGCUUGCUGCAGUUCAACUAUUUGCCCAUACUGCCCUAUGCUUUGUCAACUUAACUCUGUGUGUUUCUCAGAUGGGUUGAGAUUUUGUUGUUCUAACAAAAUUAGAAUCCUGGUUUCUAGAUCCAUUUAUCAUGUGCCAAGGUUAUUUAUGGGACCCUCAAGAGGCAGACUCUGCUGCCUUGGAGACUACAGAAUUUGGGGUGGUGCCUCUUGUACAAAGCUGAAUCACGGACAGUCACAAACAAUUCCUAUGAUUGUGGCACAGCAAGAGGAAAGAGAGUUGGUUACGAGGAAAUUAAAAUGGCAAGCAGGAGGGAAGAGGAGCAAGUGCUUAACUCUGCUUCCAAUAAUUCCAGAUAAGAAUGGAUGGAUUUGCCUGCUUCCUGUCUGUCAGUUCUGCAUGAAAUGAUUCAGAAUUAUGUUCCACCUUGUUUCUGUAUCAAUCUAUUGAUUUUAACUGCAUGAAAAUUGACAUGUUCGUAUGCUUUUUACCCAGAAUACACAUUUUUUUACACAG